AUGAAUCAAUGGCGUGAGGAGUGGCUGGAUGCUGAUGCUUCCAAGGAAGCAGACGAGAGGGCCGUUGAGCUGGUGGCCAUGGAGGCGGCACGAACCGGCCGCAGCUUCGAGGACAUCGCGAACCUGGACACAGACGACCCGGCAAAUGACCCCAACGCCUUUCUGCCCCGGCCGAUUUUCCUCACGGAGACCGAGUUCAUCGCCCGCCCAUCAGAGCUUUCAAGAGGGAGUGGGACUGGGUUUUGCUGGGCAUUUUCCAGAGCUUCGUUCCCUCUGGGAGCUCGGAUCACCAAAGAGUCGAAGAAAGCAGAUGGAACCUUGGGCUGCUGGUUCCGUUGUGAACCGAGCUCAGGGGGCUCGGAUAUUCAGCUCAGAGGUAAACGGGGAGCUCACCGAUGUCUACUGAACACGUGCGAAUAUCUGCACCGAAGGCAUCCCGACAAGCCUGAACCCGUCAACCCUCCGAACUCGAGGCAUUAA